CCGGAUUAUCCAUCAAAGAAAACAGUCAACAUGUCGAGCGAGCCACGCCGUUGCCGGGCCAUCCGUGACUACACGGCCAAGUCUGAAGACGAGAUCUCCUUCAAGGAGGGCGACGUGAUUUUUGUGCCGAAGCGAGUGGCUGGGGACAGGUGGCAGGGCGUUUUCAACGGCAAGGUCGGCUGGUUCCCCAAGAUCUACGUCGACGAUACUACCGUUGAAGUUUCGACCGGCAAGACGACCCGUGUGCGCUGCAUUCGCGAAUAUGAGCCUGCCAGCGAUGAUGUCCUGCCGCUCAAGGUCGGCGAUGUAGCCUUUGUGGUGGCACGUGACGGCACCAACUGGAAGGGUGUUUUCAACGGCAAGCCUGGCCUCAUCCCUGCCGAUGCCGUCGAGGACGCUUCAGAGAAACCUGCAGCGGCGUCGGGUGAGCAAACAUGGGAGGUGGCCAAGUGCCGCGCCGUCAAGACUCAUGUGGCCAAGACACCACAGGAACUGAGCUUCAAGCUCGGUGAUACGGUUUUCGUCCCCAAGCCUGAUCCUGCGCUGAGCACUUGGAAGGGCGUUUCCAACAACGUGGUCGGUGAAUUUCCCAAGGACUGUGUAGUGGAUACGAAGACCACUUCAGAGGAUGAGCUGGCCAAACUGCUGGAGGCUGCCAAAAUUUCUCCCGAAGAAAAGGCUGCACAGGCUGAAUACGAUGCUCAACAAAAGUCCUAA